GCGGUCGCUGUCUGCGGCGGCGGCGGCGGCGGCGGCGGCGGCGGCUGGAGGCCUCCGCCGCCCUCUCGCCGUCGUCGGCCGAAUAUUAUCAUGAACCGAACGGAACGAUGCGAUGGGGACAGCAAGCAGCGGAGAGCAGGACUCGGCCUGCCUGCCUCUGUAUUUAAAAUGUGACUCGUCUAUCGCAAGAAACACAUGGACGGAGGAGUGUGGUACCUACGCGGUGCCGCGCUGCCGCCGCAGAUUGAUGGCGAACGAAUCGAAUCCACCAACGACGAGGCUGGUCACAGGUAAUGAUCCGGGGGCCAGUUCAUGCAGGCAAAUUUGGUGGUGCGUGAACAAUGUGUGCUGCUGGUGCUGGUGCUGGUGGUGUGGCGGGCGUGCGGGGCGGGCGGGCGGUCGCUGUCUGCGGCGGCGGCGGCGGCGGCGGCGGCGGCGGCUGGAGGCCUCCGCCGCCCUCUCGCCGUCGUCGGCCGAAUAUUAUCAUGAACCGAACGGAACGAUGCGAUGGGGUGAGACAGCAAGCAGCGGAGAGCAGGACUCGGCCUGCCUGCCUCUGUAUUUAAAAUGUGACUCGUCUAUCGCAAGAAACACAUGGACGGAGGAGUGUGGUACCUACGCGGUGCCGCGCUGCCGCCGCAGAUUGAUGGCGAACGAAUCGAAUCCACCAACGACGAGGCUGGUCACAGGUAAUGAUCCGGGGGCCAGUUCAUGCAGGCAAAUUUGGUGGUGCGUGAACAAUGUGUGCUGCUGGUGCUGGUGCUGGUGGUGUGGCGGGCGUGCGGGGCGGGCGGGCGGUCGCUGUCUGCGGCGGCGGCGGCGGCGGCGGCGGCGGCGGCUGGAGGCCUCCGCCGCCCUCUCGCCGUCGUCGGCCGAAUAUUAUCAUGAACCGAACGGAACGAUGCGAUGGGGUGAGACAGCAAGCAGCGGAGAGCAGGACUCGGCCUGCCUGCCUCUGUAUUUAAAAUGUGACUCGUCUAUCGCAAGAAACACAUGUAAGUACAUGUUUGAAUUAUUUGUUAGCCCUGAAAAGGGCUUUUUAAAACUUUCGACGCUCCUCGCUGCAACCGCAGCCUCAGCCUCGGCCGUUGUUAUGAUGAUGAUGAUGGGGUGUGUCAGUAGUACCACCACCAACACCACCAUUACCCACGACAACACUGGCGGGCGUAUGGGCGACACAACAAGUUGCUGCUGCUGGCUGACGCGCGCGGCGGCGGCGGCGGCUUACUUCUUGCCGGCGGACGCCUUCUUGGCCGCGGGCUUGGAUUUCGGUGUUGCGGCGGCCUUCUUCGGUUUGGGCGCCUUGGGUUUCUUGGUUGGCGGUUUGGCGGUCUUCUUGGCCUUCGGCGCAGCGGCGGCCUUACCCUUGGCGGCGGCGGCGGGUUUCUUGGCGGCGGGCUUCUUCUUCGCGGCGGCCGCCUUCUUGUCCUUGGUGGCGGCGGAGGGCUUCGCCUUCGAGGGCGACGAUGCGGCGCUCGAGGCGGCGCCCUUCUUCGCCUUGCCGGCGGCCGACGCGGCCGUCACCUUCUUGGACUUGGCCGACGCUGCGGCGGCGCCCUUGGCGGGCUUGCUCGCCGCCGGCUUCUUGGAUGCUGCAGAUUUGGAUUCCAAUUUGAACGAACCGGAAGCGCCCUUGCCCUUGGUCUGGAUCAAAGCGCCGGACUCGACGGCGCUCUUCAGGUACUUCCUGAUGAAAGGUGCCAAUUUUUCAGCGUCCACUUUGUACUGAGCCGCGAUGUACUUCUUGAUGGCCUGCAGCGAGGAACCGCUGCGCUCCUUCAACUCUUUGAUGGCGUUGUUCACCAUCUCGGACGUCUUCGGGU